CCUGCUACUCAUUCAUCACUCGGUAGUCAGGUCAGGUUCUUCGAAUUCGAACGAGAGAAUCAGUCGUGGACGGUCGUCGGAGAGGAAGACAGAAAUGGCGAUGAGAUCUGCAGUGAGCAGAGCGAGCGUUAACCGGCUCGCCGAAUCAGCUCGUGGAGCGACUCGUUUCUUCAGCGACGGGAAGAAGAUCCUCAGCGAAGAGGAACGCGCCGCCGAGAACGUCUACUUUCAGAAAAUGGAGAGGGAGAGGCUGGAAAAGCUGAAGCGUAAGGCCGAGAAAGAGAAGGCGGAGACGGAAAAAGAAGCCGCCGAGAAGAAACCUGGAGAGAAGUAGUGACUCAAACUCACUUAGAAGGCGAACGUGUCUGAAGUCAUCAUGGAUAAUAAAUGUGUUGACUCUGGGUGAGAGCUCAUCACUUUGUAAAUUAUUCCCUUAUGCGGUAAGAGGGGAACCUCUGCUCAUGCAUUUGGUAUUGAACUUCCGAGAUUGCUGUCCAACAAUCUUCCUUUAAAUUAAAGACUUUGACAUUUAACUUGA